UCUCGUCAACAUACCCUCGGUGUUAUUUGGAAGGUAUUCUCAGAGACUGAUUUAGAGGAUUAUGAAUGCCGGUCAUUUCGAGAUUCGAAUGAUCACGGAGUCAUCAUCGACAGCCUUAAAAAAUACUUCAUGGAAUUACUAGAGAAAGAGGGUUGGAUGCCAGGCUUAAAUGACAUCGAUUGCUACCUUGCCCUUGACCCAACUUCUCUCUAUGUUGGUGAGUUGAACGGAAAACCAAUCGCAAUUGCAGCUAUGUAUAAAUACGACGAUCAGUAUCGACAUUUUGGUUGCUACAUAGUUGACAAAGCCUUUAGAGGUCGAGGCUAUGGAAUGCAAUUGACCGCAGAGGUUUUGCGACAAUCCGAACUUAACGGUAUCAUAUCACUAUAUUCGGUCCAAAAUAUGGUUGAAAAAUACGAAAAAGUAAUGAAAGCUGUUCCACAAUGGGUGGCGGAAAGGCAUAUCGUGGACAUACCAACGACUUUUUCCUUCCUCAAAGAUGCCAUUUCUUCCAAUGCAAGUCCGCCAUUUAGUAUCAAGCAAGUCAGCGACGUUGAUUUGAAGGCCUUGUUUGAUUACGAUACUAAAGUUUUUGGUUACAAGCGAGAGAAAUUUGUGGAACGUUUACUUCAGGUUGGUCACGCUCGCGUGGCUCUUGAUCAACAAAAUGAAAUUGUCGGUUAUGCCGCUGCAAGGGUGUUGUACAACCCAGAUAACGGGUAUAGAGUGGGCCCCGUGUUCUGUGAAUCGAUCGAAAUUGCUACGUACCUUCUCAAGGAAUUAUUGCAAGAUUUAUUGCAGUCUGGAAAAUCUACCAAACAAGCUCUGACAAUAGAUAUUCCUCUGGGCAACCCAACUGCAAAUGAAUUUGCUAAAAUCUUGCAUGGUAAAAUUAUACUAAAAUGUGUAUUUGCCUGUUCAAAUGGUUUGCCCAAGUCUGUGUUCAAGAAAUGGUUUGCAGUAACUUACGUUGAAGCAGGUUGAAACAGAACAUAUUUCAUAAGUACACUUUGGGAUUUUUAGAGC